AUGGAUUGUAUACCCCUGCCCGAAGAAAGAAGAGAAGAAUCGAUUAACAGAAAGGAUCAGGAUCAAAAACAUGAAGAAAAGAAAAAAAAUGCAAGGAUGAUUGAUAAUCGCCAGAUGAAAAAUCUGGCUGUGCUGGCAAGUCCUAGAGUCCCAGCUGCUACGUAUGAGUUCGUAACCGCCUUCCGACGGAAGGACGCGGGCUGCAGCUACUACCGCCGCGGCGCAGAACAGCGAAAUGCACCAGCUGACGGUGCAGAAGAACCAGGAUUGGUCGAGGUUCCAUCCCACGAAGAAGCGUUCGUCGUUGUCGAAAAGCAUGAUGAUCAGGCUCAGGAUCCCCCAUCCAGACUCUCGCAGUUGUUUCCCUCCAGACAGGAUGACAAUGUAGGCGACAAUGGCAAUGCCCUCCAAAACGACGGCAAAGGACAUCAGGAAGCCGACGCUGCGCCACAUGGAGCAGAAGUAUCGAUCUUCGCCAUGGCAGUCCUCAUAUUGCGGAAACGGGUCGCACGUGUCGGUCAGAGACGAGCAGCGGCGAUGGAGACCCAAGCCCUCAACACGGUAUACCUCGUCAUUGGAGUGGCUGACCUUUUCACUGUGAUAGCUGACCCAUCUUGGGAUGGCGAUGGAUGCGACACAACGGGAACAGCAAACUCGACAGAACGCACCGAUCAGAAAGAGAAAGAGGGUUCCAGUGUAGACGAUGGUCUUGGUGAGAAUCCCGGUGUAGUUCCUCCCAGUGCCUCCCGGCACCAGGUCAAAGUCCAUCUCGGCGAUAGGGGACACUUCUGUCCUGAACGAGAAGCGAAGGAUGGCAGGCAACCAGUCUGCGUGCUGGUCGACGCCGUAGAGAAGAAGAGGCUGGUGCAUAUCUAUCAGGCUUCUGGACUAAGACUUGCCCGCGAUAAGCAAGGGAGGCGGAUGACGGUAGUCACGAUACGGGUUAUCACGGCGGGGUUGACUGAUAAAGCAGCCGCUUCAGACUGUUUGAUAUGGCCAAGGGUCAACAAGGCGAGAGUUAUGGAAAUGAAGUGA